UUGUAUCUCUUUAUAAGGCGGAAAGUAGAUCUUUAGUGUAUAUAGACGUUCGCAUUGUAAAUUUCGGGAGUAAAAUAUUUUACUUGUAUUUUUAUUGUUCUCACGCGACGAAUUGCAUUUAUUAGAAGAGUGGUACUGCUUGUGUGCCUUUGAGGCGGAAACCGGCGACAUCUUAAAUGUUUAUGGGGUGAACUACAUAACAUGGCGGAGUAAUCAGAGAGGCGUUAUGUGCGUUUUCCUUUUGGAGAAUGUGCGGCGAGUUUUGGAAAAAGGGGAGGUAGAGUUUGACUGUGCAGGGGUGAAGGGUCUUGAGGGAACCAUCACUUAGGGAAACUUGCGUUUGCUAUUUUUAAAGGGAUCCGGGACCCAUUUUAUUCUGUGGGAACCGUAGUUUGACCUGUUUGUUUACCUUUGGCAUAUCGGUGUGUGCGCCUAGCUGCAAUUUCACCAACAUACUCACACGCCCGGGGCUGACUGGCAUUUCAGAGACACGGCUCUUCUCCGAAUAUAAUGCUACCUAGCCAGGCUGGGUCGCCACCAACUGGAAACGGGUCCGCGUCUGGCAGGGGCAAUACUGUUGAAUGCUCUGGAGUGAUCGGUAGUAGGAUUCGGCCCGGCUUCGUCAGAGCAGGAUUAACGGCGGCCGUGGUGGGUGAUAGCAACGCGGUGGUAGGGCGACCGGGCGACGGGUCAGGGAUGUUGGGAGGAAACGGGUCCGGAAUGGGUUCAAGAAGUGGGGCUAGGCCGGGUAACGGAGCAGGAUUGACCACUUUACAGGGCACUGGGCAAGGUGCGAUCCCAUGCAUAAACGCUGGGCUGCCUGCGCCCGGGGGGCGGUUUGAUCCAGACAGAGAAAGUCUUCCCCAGGCAUACAGCGGCUCGGACGUUGACUCUGAUUCGGGGGAUGACGAUGAGCCCGGAGGUUCAGUCGGGGACAGCAGGAGAGGGGUGAAGCGGGAGAGAGCCGAGAUGGACCCCGCAGUUUUGGGACAGGAGGCGGGCGUGCAGCCCGGUGGCUAUGGUGUCUCUAGCGUCGUCGCCGCCGGAGCAAAACCUGGGAAGAAGACCCGUGGCCGAGUGAAGAUUAAAAUGGAGUUUAUCGACAACAAACUGAGGCGAUAUACAACAUUCAGUAAACGAAAGACGGGGAUCAUGAAAAAGGCGUACGAGCUCUCCACGCUGACGGGCACGCAGGUGCUGCUGCUGGUGGCGAGCGAGACGGGGCACGUGUACACCUUCGCCACGCGCAAGCUGCAGCCCAUGAUCACCAGCGAGACGGGCAAGGCGCUGAUCCAGACCUGCCUGAACUCGCCCGACUCGCCGCCCCGCUCCGACCCGUCCACCGACCAGCGCAUGAGCGCCACCGGGUUCGAGGAGACGGACCUCACCUACCAGGUGUCUGAGAGCGACAGCUGCGGGGAAACCAAGGACACUCUGAAACCGGCCUUCACUGUCACCAGCCUGCCGGGCACCACCAGUGGCUCCGCCCCGCCCACCUCCACCACCAUGCAGGUCAGCAGUGCCACCUCCUUCCCCAUCACCAACUACCUGGCCCCCCCCGCGCCCCCCCCCUCAGCCAGCAGCAGCGUGGGCAGUGCCAAUGGCAGUGUGCUGAAGACCGCCGCCCCCGGAGGGGUCAUGCAGCUCUCCAGCGGCUUCACCUUCAUGUCAGGUGCUGCCCCCCCUGGUGCCCCCACCAUUCCGCUGACUCAGCUGCAGCAGGGCCCCGCCUUCACUGCUUCCCCCGCCCAGGCGCCGCCCAGCCAGCAGGCCAUCUUCCGCUUCCCCGCCACCGUAGCUCUCACAGGGGCAGGAGUUCAGCAGCUGCAGGCCGUCCCGCUGUCCCAGCAGGGCUCCGGCAGCAGCAGUGACAGUACUGAGGGCUCCCAGGCCUGCAGCACCUCCACAGUGAGCGCCACCAUCGUCACAUCCUCUGUGCCCUCCUCCAUGGGGGGUCACAUGAUGUACCCCAGCCCCCACACCGUCAUGUACGCGUCUGCGCCUUCACUCACCGACGGCGGCUUGGCCGUGCUCAACGCCUUCUCCCAAGCGCCGGCCGCCAUGCAGGUGUCCCAUUCACAGAGCCAGGACUCAGGAGCUGUACCUCAGGUGUUCCUCUCAGCGCCCCAGGGAACGGUCCAGAUCCCCGUCUCUGCAGUGCAGCUACACCCCAUGGUGAUUGGUCAGCAGGCUGCGGGGGGCGGGGCCAGUAACCUGACAGAGCUGCAGGUGGUCAACCUGGACUCCACCCACACAGGAAAGGGGGACUGACCCCCCAGCACCCCCGGACUGACGUGCCAGACCCCCCAGGACACGGGCAUCUACAGACUCCCUGCCUGCUCCCCACACUCUGACCCGCUCAGCGUGAGCUCAAACGCACUGCUAGGGGGCUCUAAACACAGUCCCGGGGGGGUGUGGGGGACU